GAUGAAGAAGUGCAUCUCCUUUGGGCCAGAUGGCGCCUCCAUCAACAUGGGCCACCAUGGGGGAGUGGAGGCAGGGAGGCAUAUUAUCCCAAUCCACUGUAUGCCACAUAGGUUCGUAAAUAAUGAAAAAAGUUUCUCUAUGAUUUAUUUGUAUUUGCUAGCAGAGAAUGUUAAACAAUACUCUGUGAUUGUAUGUGUUAGAAGUGCUGGAAUGGAAAAUUCUUGCCACAAAAUUAUUGUUUUCUGUUGGCAAAAGAGAGAGACAGUGACAGAGAGGCACGAGAGAGAGAGUGAAUUGUUUGAAAGAUUCUGUUCUUACUUUCACAGGCUAGACUGGCAAUACUGACCAUUCAAAAGAAAGAGCCAAUGGUGUCUGUUGUAUAUGAUCUUCUACAUCUGAUAUGGAAGAUGUAUCACUUCAGCAGAAAAUCCAAACGAAAGCUCUAUGGUCUCAGACAAGAGCUUGGUGUGGAUAUUUGCACACCAUCUAGCGUCAAGGGAACUCGCUUGAUCUCCCAUGUCCACAGAGCCCUAAAAGUGUUUUUGCGACAUGGACAAGAGGACCUUGCCAGUGACCAAGGCCAGUACUCAGUUAUUCUGCAGCAUAUGGAGCACCUGGCCGUAGCAUCAACAACAGCGGAAGUUCAAGGGUGGGCAAAAAAAGUCAGUUUUACUCAGUAAAUUUAAUACCACUAAUUUAAACUUUCAGAAUCAAGUAAAUGACAGAUGGCUAAGGGGGGAAAAAAGUACUUAUUUACUCACUAUUACUCACUAUAGAUAAAGCAGGAAAUGGAGAAUGCACUCUUUUGUGUAAACUGCCAUUUUCUCUCCGACAUGUUUGAGGAGCUAUCAUCACUUAGCCUCAUUCUGCAAAGGAAUGACCUGAUCCUACCCCAAGCCACAUCAGAGUUGAGGAAGAAAGUGACCAGACUGGAAGCACUAAAGAGGCAAAGGCUGGAGGCAUGCUGGAGAAGAUCCAGCCCAUGCUUGAUCAGCAGCAGGGUGAUGAGAGGAGAUUUCAGAGACCUCAUUGAUGUGACACAGACUUCCAACAUUUCGGUCUCCGGUUUGGUACAAUCACUCAAUUACGGCAAGUGUAUUUUUAUUUCUUUGUAAUAAAUCUAAACUUUUCUCAUUUAAUUUCUUUGCAAACUGUUGAUGUCUAUUGCUUUCUCUCUCUUUUUGACAUUCAGAGAUGCGAGUUUUUGGGAAUGUGGCAAUGUAAAGUGUGUGGCACAGAAGUAUCAGGUACAAGUUAUUGAAUCAUUCUAAGCUUAAAGGUCCCAUGACAUGAAAAUUUCACUUUAUGAGGUUUUUUAACAUUAAUAUGAGUUCCCCUAGCCUGCAUAUGGUCCCCCAGUGGCUAGAAAAGGUGAUGGCUGAAACCGAGCCCUGGGUAAAUUGAGAAAAUGAAAGCUCAGACAGCCCAUUCGGGAAUCUUCCCUAUAUGUCGUCAUACGGGGAAAGGUUACCUCCCCUUUCUCUGCUUUGCCCACCCAUUAGAAAAUGAGCUACUACCGUGAGAUUCGAGCACAAUAUUUUUUUUUUUUUUCCUCGAGAGAAAUCAUGCCUUGUAAACGAGCGAAGCAUGGCAGUUGCUCAAUGUCUGGAUAUACAAAUUAACACCGAAGUAUUUUUUUAGUUCCUUCAUCCGAGCCUAUGAAGAAACAGUGCACUGUAAAAAAUAAAACGACCCUUUGUUCAGCAAACAGUUUUUUUUUAGUUACAGAUAAUAUGAAUUGUGAAUAUUGUGAGUCUAUGUAAAAAUGCAUGUUAGUCCAACAAUAUUUUGCAAAAUGUUAUAGCAACAUCAUUAACCAAGUUGAAUGAACAAACAUUUUUUAAUUGAAUUGCGCGCGCAUGCAUCUACGGGGUUUCCCUUCUCAUUAUCAGCAUCGCCACGUUUUCUUCCUGCCAUUUUGGACUUGGAGCGGGGAGAAACAGGUUUCAGGUGAGUAAUUAACGUUAAUUAAUUUUAGGCACUUGAAAUGAAAAGUGGACAUGAGUUGUUUUUCUUUUUGUUUUUUUUUUUUUUACAAACAACGUCUGUCAGUGAUGCAAAUAUGUUUGCGCAGUGGGUGCAUAGUUUUCAUAAAGACUUAUUGUGGCAGGUAUUUAUCAUUUUCAUCUUAAAAUGAUAGGCUAAGUUAUAAUGUUGACAUAUACUAAUAUUUAUCUUUGAAAUUUAAAAUGAGAUGUAACGUUAAAUAUGUUGCAAUUGAAUAUGAACCAGUGAUUCGGAAUCAAUAAAGCAAUCCAAUCAGGACCUCGAAGCAAAUUAAAUAUUAACGUUAACUUACGCUGUUAUAUUAGCGUACGUAAUUAAAAUAUGGUUUCAGCAAAAAAUGUCCAAAGUUAAUAUUGAAGGCUUUUUGUUAGGCUAUUGUUAGUCCAGGUUAAGUCUCAAUGUGGCGCUAUUGUGAUGUUUAAGGUGGUUGCACUCAGUAUUAACAAAUGUAAAGAUAUUUUUCAUAAUGUUAAACCGGAUUUUUAUAAUAAUGUUAUCCAGUCUGUGGCCAGUUACCGUUAGUGGUAGUCGAGACACAGAUGUACGCUGUACAUAUACUGAUUCUAGAACAGUCCGCUUUGUGCUCUCGCUGUACUUUGACGUCAUACGCCGUUCAAGUCUGCGCAGCGCUGUAUGCAUAUUAUGUAUAUUCAAUCUAUCCGUCGUAUGGUCGUAUCUGUGUCCUUGUCGACGUCACACGAAACCCACGUCGUAAUCGACCUCUUUCCAAAGUCUGGAAAAAGCAAUUUACAUUAACAACUUCGAGAUAAAAUUCGACUAUCCGACUAUCACGUGGGUUUGUUGUGUGUGACCGAAGCGCCAUUUGGAAGGCAUGAUUAUAAAAAUACUUAAUGCAGUGUAAAAACUGCAAAUUCAGCAGUUCGAGUGAAGACGUCCUUCUAAAGCACUAUCGGCUGCAUCACCCAAGCAUUUCCAGCUGGCCUUGUAUUCAUACGGGGUGUGUUUGUGUCUUCAGGACAGCAGGUGCUUUAAAAUCCCACCUAUCUAAAUCACACCAAAACCGUCACAGAGUCAGUCAAGAACUUUCAACAAUAAGUUGUGAACUUUGUGAAUUCCAAGAGAUUUGCAGUGAGAAACGUUUCUUCAUUCACCUUGGAAAUCAUCUUAAACGAAAAGAAACAAUUAAUUGUCCCUUUAAAGGAUGUGGAUUUAAAACAAACAAUCGGCCAACGUUCAGCUCCCAUAGAAGCAGAAUACACAGAAAGCAUACACUAAAAGACUUUAGAACUGCAAUACAGACGGUCUUCGAGAGGAUUGAUAAUGAAGUGCCAUCUAUCUCACAGAUCUCUUCAGAAGUCGAAAUUGGAGAUGAUGAUAGAGUACAGUUUGAUGAAGAUGUAAAUAGUCAAACACUUGAACAAAAAAUUGCAUCUCUUUUUUUGUGUAUGCAGACUGUGUUCCAUGUUUCAAAAGAUGCUACUCAGAAAAUAAUUGAGGAACUUAAAAGUAUUUUGUUGUUCUCCAAAUCUCAGGCCCUUCAUAGUGUAGAAUCAGUUCUCACAAAGCACAACGUUAAUGUUGAAAGUAACAUUGUCAAAGAAAUUGCAGAUUCAGUGUGUUUGACAAAUCCACUUUUAACCGCAAUAUCUGCAAAGGGUAUUUUGUCUACUGACUACAGAAGAACUCUGUAUUUCAAACAACACUUUCCUUUAAUAGAACCUACAGAAUAUCUUUAUGAACAUACCCAGAAAGAAUCCUUUGUUUAUGUGCCAGUCAUUCAGGUACUUGAAACUCUGCUAAGUUUACCAUGUUUUUUGGAUAAAGUUGAAUUUACAAACGAACAUUUAGCUGGACAGUACAAUUCGUUUCAAGAUGGGAAGUACUACAGGGAGAAUGGUUUGUUGCAGAAGAAGAGGUUGUUCUGAGUUUGGCCUUUUAUAUAGAUGAGUUUAAAGUUUGCAACCCAUUAGGCACAUCCAGAAAAAUUCAUAAAAUUACUGCUGUCUACUGGAUGAUCUUAAAUUUACCUGCAAAGUGGAGAUCUACUUUAACAUCAAUUCAGUUAGCUGUUUUAGGAAGGAGUGUUGAUGUUAAAAAAUUUGGCUAUGACAAAUUAUUGGAACCUUUGAUAAAAGAUUUGAAAGCUUUGGAGCAAAAUGGUGUGUUUGUGGAGACUUUGGGGCAUUAUGUGAAGCCAACUGUUUUCUGUGUAUGUGCAGAUAAUCUCGGAGCCCACAGUCUUGCAGGCUACCAGGAAAACUUUAAUGUUGAAAAGUUCUGUCGGUUCUGUUAAGUCGUGAUCAAAUAGCAACUGUUAAGGCUAGUGAUUUCCCUCUGAGGACUGUUGAAGAGCACAAUUCAUUUGUGGAACAGCUUAAGCAGAGUGACACCCUGCAGAGUGUUAAUGGUGUAAAGAGUGAGUGUUCAUUAAGCAAACACUUGAGAAACUUUCAUCCAGUUAGUGGGUUUCCCCCAGACAUUUUACAUGAUUUUUUUGAAGGGGUCAUACCUGUGGAAUUAUCUUUGUGUCUCAGAGAUUUGAUCUCAAAAGGUUACAUUACUCUUGAAGGAUUAAAUCACUCAAUCAAAACAUUCCCUUACAAGUACUCUGACAAGGUCAACAAACCAAAGGCAAUUCUAAAAUCAGGCCUAGUUAAAGGAUCAAUUGGGGGUAAUGGUC